CGAUUUUGAACGACUUCGAUAUCACGACACAAUUCAAGAUCAAGACCGCCGCAAUGUCUACCUCCGAGCUCGCCACUUCCUACGCCGCUCUCAUCCUCGCCGAUGACGGUGUCGACAUCACUGCCGACAAGCUCCAGUCUAUCAUCAAGGCCGCAAAGAUCGAGGAGGUCGAGCCCAUCUGGACAACACUCUUCGCCAAGGCUCUCGAGGGCAAGGAUGUCAAGGACCUGCUCCUGAACGUCGGCUCCGGCGGUGCUCCCGCUGGUGCCGCUUCCGGUGGUGCUGCUGCUGCUGCCUCCGGCGGUGACGAUGCUGCGCCCGCUGAGGCGGAGAAGGAGGAGGAGAAGGAGGAGUCAGACGAGGAUAUGGGUUUCGGUCUUUUCGACUAAGCGCAUUCUUUCGUUCCUUUCUUCGACAUUUGCCUUUCUCGGGGUUGCUCAAAACGGACCAGCGGCAUUUUCCAAUUGUGGGAUGGGAUUAGUCACGGCGAUACAGUGACACGGCUUGAAAUGGGCCUUAACGGAACACAAUGACGGCGUCAUGAGAUAUGUAUAGGUCGGCAGGUCAAUGGAAUACUUCGAAAAGCACACAUCUGGAUUUGCGACGUGAUGUUUCAGACUUCCAUCAAUUCCGUAUCCACUAUGUUUGCCGCAAGUCCUCUCUGCCAUAGAACUACGUCAUGGCAAAGAGUACAUGGAUGUGUAAGAGAGUGACCCUUCUUGUAAGGAGACGUUGCCCUGAUUGUUUAAUAUGGUCGAGGUUCAGGCGAUACAAAGUAUGAUCGCAGUAGAACCGAUCCAUUUGACAGAUGGAC